CCCAACCAUUUCUUCCUCGCCGCUACACACCUGACGCCACACACCUCGCCGCUGCAACUCCAGGUAUGUUCUCUUUCACACUGCCGCGAUCCACCUUGCAGCUUAUCUCCUUCUUUCAUCGUGCACCCAUUCCCUUUCACUCUUCCAAUUCCAAAGCCAAUCGGGUCAUUUUUCGCUGAAUGGACUGUGGCCUCUUCGUGUGCACCACCGCCUCCUCAACUCCCCCAAGCCCCGUAGCCCNUUCCCAUUCCCCAACCCUUCCAUUUUCCUCCGCUUUCUGCCUCACCGCUCCACAAUCGUUUCUUCCCCAACCAUUUCUUCCUCGCCGCUACACACCUGACGCCACACACCUCGCCGCUGCAACUCCAGCCAAUCGGGUCAUUUUUCGCUGAAUGGACUGUGGCCUCUUCGUGUGCACCACCGCCUCCUCAACUCCCCCAAGCCCCGUAGCCCAACCCUAAUUUUUUCUGCACCGAUCGGAGAUGAAGAAAGAAGAUACAGUGGAGCUAAUCAGCGCCGAGGGUCUUGAAUUCGUGAUCGAUAAGGAGGCGGCUAUGGUUUCUCAGACCAUCCAUAACAUGCUUACUUCUCUUGGGGGUUUCACCGAGACAGAUCACAGAGAAGUGACUUUUCUUGAGAUUAGUACCACCAUCCUCGAGAAGAUAUGCCAGUACAUCUAUUAGCACUUUCAAUUCACAAGGGAGGAAGGAGACCGAGUUUCCUAUAGAGCCCGAACUCACAUUGGAAUUGAUGAUGGCAACUAAUUAUUUGCACACCUGAAAACUCUGUCAGCAACCUAACAGGGAUGGUUUCAUAGAGCACCCAUCUUUAACGCCAUCCAGGUUCUAUAUUUUCUACCUCUUUUAUGUUUAUUGCCUGCAUAAUUGAAAUCCUUACUCAUGGGGAGAAGUCAUGCACUAAGUGUUCAUCAUCAUCUCUAUGAAACUUUGCAUCUAUAGAGUAUUUUGAAUGUUUGAUAUCUUUAUGGCACCAACUUUCUUGUUAUGUGCAUUCCUAUCACCAUUAGUAUUCUCCAAAGUAUGGAAUAUUCGAGAAUGUGAACUCACUGAAGGAUCUAGCAGAAAUGCCACAUUGGACACCUGAGAGACCCUUUAGAGUAGCUACAGGUUUCACAUAUGCAUGGUGUACUGCAAUGUGACAUAUCCAUCUUCUUUUUCCCACAUACAGAGUAUAUAUUAUUGUGGUCACAAUUAUUAUGUUUAAGUUUGGUGAUAUUUUUCCCUUAACAUCCUUCAUUUCUUUCACAGAUGGGGCCCAAGUUUAUGAAUGAAAAAGGACUAAAUCAUGUUACCUUUUCAACUCCAGAUGGAGCACUGAAGGCUACUCCAGAUGUAAUACCAAAUUAACCUAUUUUAAACAGAUUCAGUUUUCUCAAGUCCCGUCUUAUUGAGAUUGACUGUUAGUUUUCUUAAGUCCAGUGUCAUUAAGAUUGACUGUUUGUAUUGUACUACGUAUAUAAAUGAAAUACUUCUUCUCUU